CGCAGCGGCGCGGUGCCCGCGGUUCGCCAUUGCGACGUGAUUGCCUGCCGAAGUUUCGUGUUUGUGCGUGAGAAUUCGUCCCGGGUCCCAUCGGAUUUUCUCGAUCGGCGGAUCGCCAGCCACGAACCAACGGAGAGCUGGCAUCGAUCGUAGAGUAAUUUACUGCUGUGUCAAGGUCUCGUUGCUGACUUAUCGCGGCGGCUGCGAGGCUGAACACCAUUAUCGGAAUAAUGAAGAGAGAAGCCGAGACCGGCGCUAUGACAGGUUCCGGGGGUCCGACGAGCCCCCACAAGCGCUAUCGACAGGGUGACGAUGAGCUCCGUCUUCUCAUACCGAGUAAGGUAGCUGGUUCGAUAAUCGGCAAGGGUGGUCAGAACAUCACGAAACUCAGGAGUCAGUACAAAGCCUCAAUCAUUGUACCCGAUUGCCCCGGACCCGAACGGGUGCUUACCAUCAGCUCGGACCUGCCCACUGUUCUGCAAGUGUUGAACGAGGUCGUACCUAAUCUAGAAGAGAACGGUUCCCGUCAUGGCAGCGACGAGAUCGACGUGCGCAUGCUGGUGCAUCAGAGCCAAGCGGGGUGCAUCAUCGGUAAAGGUGGCCUGAAGAUCAAGGAGCUGCGCGAGAAAACCGGAGCGAGAAUCAAGAUCUAUUCGAACACCUGCCCUCGCAGCACGGACCGCCUCAUCAGCAUCUGCGGGAAGCCAACGACGUGCAUCGAAUGCAUACGCGAAUUGAUCGCCACCAUUAAGACCUCGCCGCUCAAGGGUGUGAACAACCCUUACGAUCCGCACAACUUCGACGACUUCUACGCCGACGAUUACGGCGGCUACGGCAACGCCGAUGGGCAAAGCAAGGUCGGCGGAUUCGGCGGACCCGGUGGCCGCGGAGGCGGCGGCGGCGGCGGCGGUGGCGGCGGCGGUGGCAGUGGCGGCGGCGGCGGCGGCGGUGGCUACGACGGUGGCCGCAGCGGCGGCGGCGGCGGCAGCAGCGGUGGCGGCGGUGGCGGUGGUGGAUACGGCGGCGGAAACCGCGGCGGACCGCCACCCUUCGGCGGUGGGAAUUAUAAUGGUGAUGGAUGGGGAAUGCAAGGAGGCGCGCCCAACGGCUUAGGUGGUGGCGGUGGUAACGCGGGGAUGGGCGGUCCACCGAUGGGUGGAAACAACCAAGGGAACCAGGGCAACAUGGGUGGAAACAAAACCAGCACUCAAGUCACCAUCCCUAAGGACUUGGCCGGAGCUAUAAUUGGCAAGGGCGGCGCGAGAAUCCGAAAAAUCAGGUCCGACAGCGGUGCUGGCAUAACUAUCGACGAGCCGCUGCCCGGCAGUAACGAUCGUAUCAUUACUAUCACCGGGAUACCAAGUCAGAUACAAAUGGCCCAGUACCUGCUGCAGCAGAGCGUUCACGAGAAUGCAGAUCAUUACUAAGACGUGGUGAAGGAUGCAUUCGGGGGGAGGGGGGAGCCAAAGAUGCGUUUUCGUAACGUUUUUUUUUUCUCUAGAAAUAUUUUGUGGGCAAACACACACGUAUAUAAACGCUAAAAGAGCGGGACUGAAACUUGAAGCACCACGAUGGUACACGAUGUAUGCACCCGCAGAAACGAGUGCGCGCGUGCGCGCACGCGAAAAGGACGACUGCGACUACACGAUGACGACGACGACGACUACGACGACGGUCCAUCUGUAUACGCACACAUCACACACGUGAAUCACCCUCUCCCGAGAAGAGCAAAACGCUUUUUCGCGAUCGAUGCUGAACGUGAGCCGUCUUGAGCGUGUGGCGAGCUGACCACCACCAUCAACAUCAACACCAUCCUCAGGGAUACUCGGUCGUUCGCGAUCGCAUCCCGCGGAGAGCUAACUGACUCGACGCGCAUCGAACCGCUAACGUUUUCAAUGUCGGCCUUUCUUCACUAGUAAUAGAAACUCUCUUUUGUGCAUCGUGUCCGAAUCACACGACGGUGGGGGGAGUUUAGGGGGUUUCAAACUGGCGGGCAAACCGUGUUCCCCGACGUUUAGCAUUCCCGAAGGAAACUUUGUAUUUGUCGCUUGAAUGAAGUCCAAAGAGUGAUCUUUUUUUUCCCCCUUUUCCUUUUUACCGCAAUAGUAGCGCGCGCUAUUUUUACGACAGGCCUCGUACGUGUUUUUCCCAUCCUUUUCCUCAGUUUUCUCCCUUGAUUUUCCUCUUCCUCCGUGGAGUUUUCGCUCGUAGACGACACGUCGACCUACGAUAGAAUCCUUUCGCCGAGACCGGGGAUCGACGUGGCCUUGAUUUUCGCAGCCGUACAAGCGUGUGUGUCAACGGGACGACUGAGACGCGCGCGCGCGCGCGCGAGAGCCAAUUUGAAACCGAGAGCACGCGUCGAGCGACGACUCUCCCGAACGCCGAGACAACGCACACUCCUUCCCGUUUGCGUUUCUUUUUUUAUACGAAUCAUUUACAGGCCACUCUCUCUACCUUACAGUCCCUCGGUCUUUUUCUUUCUUAAAGGUAAACGCGCAACGAGCGCGAGGGGCGAUUUAGUGUGUCGAACGGAGAGAUCGCCGCGAGCGGGAGAAGAAACGUGAGAAAGAGAGAGAGAGAGAGGGAGUGGGGUAGAAGAUUUUAUUAGACGAAUAUAUGUAGCAAGAAAGGAAACGGACAAAUCAGAGUUGUACAUAAGACCACACAUACACAUACAUACACACAUUAACGCCCUUUCUUCCUUCCACAAUUGCCACGUACAACGUUUCUGCUGUUGCAUUAUUAUCUCUUUUAUAGUGAUCAUUAUUCUUAGUUAUUAUUAUUACCGUACGAUUAUUGAUAAGAAUAUAUAUUUUCUGCGUUAUUGUAUCCCACCCGAAUCCUGCACUAAUGAUACCUUCACCCCAUAAGCGUACGCAUAAGCGGUGUUCUUAGUGUUAUAUGCGAUAAUGAGUAAAAAAAAAAAUAUACUUAGGAUUAACGAAGAAACAUAAGCUAAGGGGGCACCAUCGGCGAAGAGGGAACCGUUACUGAAUGAUCGUCAGUCCAGGUGACGACGAAAAAGUAUAGGAGAGAGAAAGAGAGGGAGGGAGAGAGGAGGAAGAAAAAUGAAAGAAAUCGUAACUGAAUCUGCAACGAAAUCCGUCGCAUUAGCAACGUAAAAAAAAAAAUCUAUCAGUAAAUCGGCGUCUGUCGCGUGAACGAUCCGUUGUUUCCUGACGAGCGCGAAUGCAAACACAGUCUCCGGUUCAUUUUUCCGAUCGCAUCUCUCGCUCUAUAUACAGUUACUUUUCUGUAUCAUAUUGUACAGCCUUACUAACGAGAAACGUGCGCGAAUCCUGGUAAACCCCAAUGUAGAUUAAUCAUCGGACUACGACGCUGCGUUGCAUCGCGGCGAGAAAAAGUGGAAAAAAGAGAGAGAAACAGUUUCAUCUCGUGAUCGCCCUCGUCGAUGUGUAAAAUCCUCAUUCCGAAAUCUCCGUGUGAACAUGAAAAGAUGUACGAAAACACUACCCGAGUCUCCCAGACGGUCGGAUUCAGCAUACACAAACAACGUGAUCUGUAAAUAUACAUGUAUUUCUACCGCGUAACCAUCCCGAGACACACACACACACACACACACCAGGUUGCUCGGUCGAUCGUGCACUUUAUUGACGAAUAGUGCCCGAUUUAGAUAAUUAUCCAAGUGCAAUUAACGCGAUUGUACUGAAAAAGAGAAAUAAUAUUCCUCAACACGGCCGACCGAGCGAUCGUGAUCAAAGGAACCGCCCUUGAAAGGAGAAGAAGAAGAGAUACUAGGAAGGGAAGAAAGACUAAACGGCUAAUUUGAUUCUUGGGCGAGCGCACGCACAAAUAUACUCGUCCGAAGAUUAAGUCCGGAUCUACAAUAAGUGUAGCCUUCGGCUUUUUGUUCCGAGUAUCAAAUUGUAACGCAAUUUCCAAUGGAAAGGGUGUUGAACGCCACGCAGACAUCGCGAUUCACAAGAUUCAAGCGUCAUCACAACUCUUGGCAGAAAUUACUUCAUAUUUUAUUGCUUCGAGCAACAAGCUAAGUCCGUACGAUGUGCGUAGCAGGCCUUUAGCCUUUUUGCUCCAAGCACUAAAUUAACGUAACGUAAUUCUCAGCAGAAAACGUUGCAGUUUCGAGGACUCGAGCGCUGGUACGACUUUUGGCAUUGCUGGGGAAAACUGGUUUCGCUGAAAAUCUACCGGUUUAACGACUAGAGCGAAAGACUGGAAGCUUACCACGUCUAACGUAGAUCCGGACCGAUGCCCGAUCUCAUUAACGUCGACUUGAAGUCACUGUCCGAAGAAGCGCUUUAAACUCAAGUCUAAUCGACGUGGGCGAGGUCGGGCAUGAGUCGUCGACACGACAUACGUCGGGCUGUAUUGAAAGCGUGUGCAAGCUCGCGGUGGAUGAGAGAGCAUGGUGUCGACGUAAUACGUCGAAUGAGCGAGCGAGCGAGCGAACGAACGAACGAACGAACGAACGAACGAACGAACAAACGACCGCCCGUACACCUGAUAUCGUCGAUCCUUUUUCCUGCCACCCGAAUGGUCGGUUUCGAAAGUUAAUUCGUAAAUUGCCCUUUCCUCUCUCUCCUCCGAUCCCCGAAACAUAGUCUGGUCAGUAACCGUCGCCUCCCCUUACCCCGGGGUACCUACAAAGGGCAUUUGUAAAGCAUCUUGGCCGCGGCAGGGUGUCCACUAACAGACGCGUACCGACCAGUAGUAGGCAUGAUACUUGACAGUCUGUCGCACUUUAGGAUCGUGCCGUCGCGCCGUGGACUUGCGUGAAGGGUUUACAAGAGGCGCGCCAGAGAGGCACGACCACUCGGCGGAAAUUGUCGCGCAAUUCGCCAUGCGGCUCCGAUCGAUUCGCCGGCGCGCUCUCACGCGCGAAUUCACGCGACGGCUGGCUUCGUAGACCUUAGAGAUCUCCCACAUUCUCACAGGGCGGCGGGAUUUCGGCCGACUGUUCACGGAAGUGAGGAAUCGCGCUCGUUCGCGACGCGAAGCUUCUUCUGUUUCUUUUCUUCCCUUUUCUCGAUCAAAAUCGUGGAUUUUUUUUUCGUCCUUUUUGUAUUCCUCUAUCAUUGUUCGAAUUGGAGUAUGAGGUACCGAAUGUGCGAGUUUCUCGUUCCUUUUUUUUUUUUAACACAGCGAGCGUAUAAUUGUGUUUUGCAUUAUACAUUUAUUUUGUAGCAUCGUUUUUACCGAUUGUUCUCUUGAACUCUCUUUUUUUUUAGAUCGAUCUAGAUUAGAUAACGAUUUCGGCGCAGACGGCGACAAGGAAGGUGUGUCGAGGCUGUCGAUCUGUGAACAGUCUUGCGGAAUCACCUUGACCCGGCGGAAAGUCCACGUGGGAGUCGCGGUUUCCCCCCCUUUAUUAAGAGACAGGCGUGCGAUGCCCCGCAAUGAAUAAAUCGAAUCAAAACUGUUCCGCGCGAAGCUUCGUCCGCGUGUAUGCAUUUUUCGUCUAACAAUAACACACAUACACACACAAACACACACUUGUUAAUUGUAACCCGUUUCACUACGACGAGGCACACAAGCACGCGUGUGUGAAUGGCAGCGAAAGAAAGAGAGAGAGAGAGAGAGAGAGAGAGAGUGUGUGUGUUUAUGCGUAGAUGCGUGUGCGAGUAACGUGUGCGUGGAGAAAAUAUUGUAGCCAGAUAUAUAUUAAGCCGGUUAUUACAGCUGGUCUUUCGGAAUCGCGGCAGGGUUGAAAGAGAAAUAGUAUGCGAGGUAUAACAUGAUCAUAAAUGGGAGAGAGAAAGAGAGAGCGCUACACACUCAUUCGUAUCACGAUGUGCGUGUACUGUAUAAGAUAUACAGUUUACAAUUAUUUGUAAUGGAUACUUUUUAUUUGUCAAAUAAAAGUUAGUACAAAGCAAAACGA